AUGCGACAAGAACUCAAAUAUCUGAUAUAUUCGCAUCUCGCGAUCGUCGUGGUGCUAUUGUACUUCACCUUCGACUUGCUGACGUUGGCAAUCGACGACACUUUCCAAGACGCUCUUUUGGACGUGGAUUUGAACCCUCCCAAAGACGCGGCUCCAAAACCUCAGCUUAUUCCCAAAAUCAUCCAUCAAACCUACAAAACCGAGGAUAUUCCAGAACACUGGCGUGAAGGUCAACAGCAGUGUAUAGACUUGCACCCAGACUACGAAUACAAGCUGUGGACCGACGAAACUGCUCGCCAAUUUAUCAAGGAGGAGUACGGUUGGUUUUUGGACACUUUUGACGGAUACCGCUACCCCAUCGAAAGAGCCGAUGCUCUACGCUAUUUCCUGCUUUCGCACUUUGGGGGCAUUUAUAUCGAUCUCGAUGAUGGGUGCAGGCGUAAGCUAGAUCCCUUGCUCACGGUUCCUGCGUUUGCUCGUAAGACAGCCCCUACCGGGAUCUCCAAUGAUGUUAUGGGCUCCGUGCCUCGCCAUCCAUUUUUCCUCAAAGUAAUCGACUCUUUGAAGAAGUACGACCGUAACUGGCUGGUGCCAUAUAUCACCAUCAUGUUUUCCACCGGUCCUCUUUUUGUGAGCGUCGUUUGGAAGCAAUACAAGAGGUGGGGUGUGCCGCAGAAUGGGGUUGUUCGGAUUCUUCAACCUGCGGACUACAAGAAGCACGUUUACUCUUUCUUCUCUAUUUCGCAAGGAUCUUCUUGGCACUUAGAUGAUGCUAAUUUCAUAAAAUCUUUGGCCCACCACAUUUUGGCCUGUGUCGUCCUUGGGUUUAUCGUGGCUUUCCUAUUCCUGUAUGCAGAGUAUUGUUUCUACUGCUGGCUGUGUUCUGGAGGAGGAGCUCGUCGUAUUGGUGGGGCCCUUAAGCGUGCUCUGGUAUCUGUCGGGAUUCUCUCGAACAACACUAGUAGCUCUGAGUCUGUUGAAAUGAGUUCUAAAUACAGACGUCUGAGGAAGGAUUCAAAUUUGCCAGUCAAUAUCAUAAUGCCAGACCUAGAAGACAAUUCAUCGGAUCAUUAUACCGACCUUAGCGAUUCGUGA